ACCCCCUGAAAUCGAAAAAAACGGCACUCCUUCUGGCAAUGCUCUCCAUGCCCCCAGGUAUCACGAAAAUAAGUCUGGUGCUUUGUUCCAGUCUGUCAUGAUUUUCAAGUUUUGCAUUUUGCAUGCAAAAGUAAAGCGAAUCCAAAAAUAACUGGAUUGGGGCAUGCGCAUUUGAAAGGAACUUGAAACUACUCGCGUGAAACCACUCUGGGGUCUAGUGUUUCGCCGAUUUGCAGAAACGCUGAAACUGUUCGCGUGUCACUUUUAGCUCUAUCAAAUGCCUUCAAGCGACUGAACUAAGAGAAAUGGCAUCUCAAGGGAAAAUGCAAGAGCUUGAUGUGGACAGUAUACUUCCACUUGUUGGAGAAUUUUCUCGCUUUCAAUAUGUUCUAGAAGCCUUGCUAUGCAUUUCCAUUAUACCCCAAGCACUUCAAGAAUUCAUGAUGUAUUUUGCUGCGCACAACUCGCCAUGGCGUUGCACAUACAAUAGCACGGUUUGCACUUUUCCGCAGAAUAUGACAUUCAGCUUGGGUGAUUCACUGUAUGAAGAAAGAUGCAAAUUGGAGAGAAAAGAAUGGGAGUUUGUCUAUUCAAAAGAUUACUCAAUCAUGACUCAGUUUGACCUCUACUGCGACGGAGAAAUCUACGGGUACUUGACAACGUCGUUAUUUUUCAUUGGGUGGGCAGUUGGUGCUGUUGCUAUUGGCAUCGUAGCUGACAGGUUUGGUCGUCGGAAGGUCAUGUUUCCAUCUGUGGGUGUGAUAAUCAUUGUUGGGUUUCUCAGCACAUUUUCACCUAAUGUUUGGGUCUUCCUCACUACCAGAAUCAUUGUUGGUUUCUUCACACCAGGCACAGGCGUUCAAAUGUUCGUCGUGGCUUCUGAGUUCGUUGGUACAAGAUACAGACCACUUAGUGGAAUUAUUUUGUGGUCGUUUUAUGCUGUGUCGCUGAUUAUUCUCGGAGUACAGGCCUAUUUCAUUCGCGAAUGGAAAAAGCUCUACAUUAUAUCCACUGUCCCAUAUAUCUUUGUACUUGCUUUCGCCAAGUUCGUCCCAGAGUCAAUAAGAUGGUUAAACCUUAAUGGCCGCCAAGAGGAAGCAAUGAAACUACUGCGAAGAAUUGCAAAGUUCAAUAAGAAACAGCUGCCAGACAAUGUAACACUUAAAGCUCCAUGUACUGGUCCAAAAGUCAAAGCAAAUCCCAUUGAUCUCUUUGUUCCAACCAAAAUGGCUUUGCAGAGCUUAGUACAAAGCUAUGUCUGGGUGGUAAAUGGACUUGUCUAUUAUGGAGUUACGCUUGCCUCGGAUACACUCAGUGGAGCUAUGUACCAAGAUUUCAUCCUUACGUCAUUGGUGGAAUUUCCUGCCAUUGUCUUCGCCAUAUACUUUUGCAACGCUUUUGGCAGAAAAAAGACAGUCAUUAUCUCGUUAGCUACUGCCAGCAUUGCCUGUCUUCUCAUUCCAGCGAUACCUACUGAUCAAGGCAAAGGCUUAUCCAUAUUGCGGAUCCUUGUUGGAAUGAUUGGAAAAUGUGGCGUUGCUACAUCUUUUGACAGUUUAUAUACCUGGGCAGUUGAAAUUUACCCGACAGUCAUCAGAUCACAGGGGCUUGGACUUUUGCAAAUAGCAAGUCGAAUUGGAUCCGCAGGGGCACCAUGGAUUGCUUCCGGACUGAGGCCGGUACACGCCUCGUUGCCCUUCAUUGUCAUGGGAGGAAGCAGUUUGAUUGCCGUUGCUAUGUUGUUUUACUUGCCAGAGACCAAAGGGGUGAACAUUGCCGAAACGCUUGGAGACAAAGAUGGAGGCAAGGAAUUCACAGUUGAUUUCCAGAAAGAAGCAGACGGUGUCAGUGCCAAGGUUAACAUGGCCUACAACAAUGCUGAUGAGGAUUCGCGACUCUAAAACACUUUGAAGUCUUAGUAGCUGCCAAAGCUUCCAUCGGAAUUAAUAACUAUUUUACAAUCACAGAGGACUAUGCUUUAUUGAUGUUGUAUAUUUGAUGAUCUACUGUAAAUUGAAAUUCACUGUUGAAAACGAAUAAAUAUAUAUUUUGAUACAGCAUUGUUGCUUUGCUUUCUUUUAAAAUUCAAAUAAUCGUUUUAAUUUUAUGAGGUUUAUCAGUAACUGAGCUGGCACCAGAACAACAACUCAUGAACCAUAAUUAGUUAUUCUUAAAAAAUUUGGAUCGCAGCACCCGCAUAGCUUUAAACUUGCUACCUCUAACUAAAUUCGCCUUUAGUUUUGGACAAAAUGGCUUUCUUGACGCCUCCCGUCGGGUUUUGCUAUUGUUAAAAUUCAAAAGUACUUCGGCCAAAAUAUUUUAUAGCAGGAAGAAGGUAGAUUGGUUUCAAUGUAGUUUUUGUAUAAGUGGCCUUUAGAUUAUUCUCGCUCCCAAAAGAUUACGACCUUUUGAGUCACAUUUAAGCUUUUCGUCUGACACUUUUAAGAGUAUAAAACGUCAGAACAUAGAAUAAAACCCUAAGCUAGGAAAUAAAUAUUACCCAGUUGUGGAUCGAAAUAGGCCAAUCAGAAACGCGAGCAUUUGACUGUUGAGGUUCCCAAUCAGUGCUGCUUGCCUGUAAAAAAUGGAGUCCUAAAGUGCUAGAUGGAACGGCGGUUGGGCUUUGCCACUAAACCGAAGAAUGUUGCAACUAUAGUUCUUAGUAUAAUCUGGGUUUUCCAGCAAAUGCUGCCCGAUAACAGAAUCUCAUAAUUUAGUUGUAGUUUCUUCAAAUCUACAAGACCAAGGUGGCUGUUCUCUUUAGGGGUGGGUUUUUUUUAAUGCUAGAAGGGGCAUGCUGCUUUACUCUAUACCCCAAAUUUUUUGGUUGUGUAUCCUACGUAGCCAGAAUCACACUGGCUCGUAAACUCUUGAUAACGGAACCUUUUUUAGCUGCUUACGUCUACGGUUACGUUUAAGGUUACUUUUUCAGAGCCAUCAAUGAAAGCCCUCGCCCAGUUCCUUUGAAUUGAUUGAAGGACCUUUUUUGGUACCAUACGUAUACACGGAUUAACAGUGAAGAAACAUUUUGGAAUGGUCUAUUUGAUCUGACUUUCAAAUCACAAGGAGAAUUCGAUUGACAAAGUAGACAUUUUUCAAAUGUCCAACUUGGUGUCCAUGU